AAUUGUGGUUGUAAAAAAGUGAUAUGUUUUCAGAAGCUGAGGAGGAAUCGAAGCUUUUGGAUUAACAAUGAGCUUAUAUUAGUCGCAAAAGGAUGACCCUCUUGAGCUAUAAAGACGAGCUAGCCCCUGGCGGAGGGGUCAGAUGCAACUAGACUGCAGAGCCUGUGAGACCAGUACAAGCAUUGAAGUCUACAUGAAUCCUCCGCUUCGCAGUCACAUGUAUAUCUGCUAGUCUUCAUGCCAUGUACACUAAGCUUCCAGUCAACUUAAAUGCUGCCCAUUGAAACCUUCUUUCUUGUCUGCUCAAGCUCAGACUCGGUGUCUUCAUUGUGACCAACCUUCGGCGAAGACAACCGACGGUCUUGAGCAGUUCCUGUUUCUUCUUCCUCUUUUUUAUCUACUUUUGUUUUUCUCCAACCAUUCAGUUUCUUGUAUCAUGGCACCAGCAUCCGACUCCGCGGUGGAAGAGCCGAGUCUCGCCAAUACAGGUGCGGUGAUGAAGUCCUUGAGUGAUCUGGUGGUGCAGAACGGCAAUGGAGUGCAUGUCCGCUGCCGAGACGAUGGACUCAAGGACACCAAGGCUGGAAUAGAAAUCAAAAUCAUGUCAGACUUGGGCACUGAAAGCAACGGCGUUGCGGCGCAUACUAACACCAAUGACAUAAGGUGCGAGGGUUAUGUGCCGUAUGCAGUAAAACUGGUGGAGCAAAGGCCGCCUGGUAUACUGGGCAUGGGGACUGCCAAUCCUCCGCACACAUACAAAAUGGAUGAGUUUGCGAAGAUUCUGGCAAAGCCUGAGUUCAAUGGGCCUCCUGGGGCCGAAGUGUUUGUAGACCGUAUCUGUAAAGCAUCCGGCAUAAAGAAGAAGCACACUGCUGUAACCGCAGAUGAAGUCUACGCCGGAUACCCCAACAUCUACAAUUUCGGUGAGCCUUCCUUGGACGACCGCUUUAAGCUCUUCGAGAAGCAAGGCAUGAAUAUCUCUAUAGAAUGUUCAGAGAGGGCACUGAAGGACUGGGGUGGCGACAGAUCUGCGAUUACCCACUUGAUCGUCUUCUCCUCUACUGGAAUGCUCACACCAGCCAUUGAUUAUCGCCUGCUUGAGGCGCUAAACUUGUCCCCAAAUGUGAAACAUUACUUCGUUUCGUUUCUCGGUUGUCACGGGGGAGUCAUCGGGCUUCGCACUGCCUGUGAAAUUGCGGAAGCGGACCCCAAGCACCGGGUAUUGAUUGUGUGCACUGAGCUCAGCUCCGUGCAGGCGCAGAACAUCGACCCAGCGUUCACGCGACUGAAUAACAUCGUGACGCUCACAAUUUUCGGCGACGGCGCUGGAGCCGUUGUGGUGGGUCAACCCUCGAAAACGGAGGUACCAUUCUUCGAGAUGAUCAGAUGCAAGUCCACGAUUAUACCGAACACCUCCAAGAGCAUAUCAGUCAUGAUCACCCAGCAUGGUCUUGACGCUAAUUUGGAAAAAGAUGUGCCUAAGAACGUCUCUUCUAGUACUGGUGUCUUUAUGAAGAGUCUCCUCGAUGAGUUUGGCCUGGACUUCGCCUCUGUCGGCUGGGCUGCUCAUCCUGGCGGCAAGCCCAUUCUCGAUGCUAUCGAAAAGGUUUGCGGGCUCCUACCCGACCAGCUCGAGAAUAGCAGAUCUGUGCUGGAGAACAAAGGAAACAUGAGUUCUGCGAGUGUGUUCUUUGUGCUGGACGAGUUUAGGAAGAAGGGAAGGGUUGCAGGUAGAGAUUGGACGGUUGCCUUGGGAUUUGGACCUGGUAUAUCCAUUGAAGGCGUAUUGCUCCGUAAUAUUUACCAUUGAAGUCAUUUCGUUGUAGUCAAUAAGUGUCACCGAUACAUUUGUGCGCUUAAUGUUAUAUUUUACUACAUUAGGACUUCGUGACAUCCUUGUUCAUGAUGGAAUUCGGUGCUCUCGCUGUCACUCAAGUCCUUGUGUAGUAACUUUAGCGAUGCGUCAGCCGUGAAUGGUUUGUGUUGUUUGUAACACAGUCGAUCUUCUUAAGGAUACUAGUUCUGUUCUGUUAUUCUUUAGCCAUGUACAUAAACUAAGUCCUGUGUUGGUUUACACCAGACGAUGGCUUAAGGUUCUGUAGCUUAAACGUCGUUAUUAGUAAAUUACUGGAUUUGAACAGUAACAUCAUGUUAUUCUAUUAUAUUCAAUAAAGGCCAUUUUCUGUCUUAA